AUGUGCACGAAAUUGUUACGUAAAUGGUCUGGAGUGGGGUGGAACGUUGCCGCUACACCGGAACAGCUUCAUAUUUACCAGCAACAGCGACAUUUCAUAUUGCCCCCCAAGCCGAAGGCGACCAAAGUGAAGGUGAUGAACAAUGUGCUUGUGCCACAGCUCGUCUUCAAGUACAAUCCGCUGAAGUACUACAUGAGUAAAUUGCGUAUGUGGAAGCUGAGAUGGACAUGGGAUCCCAAUUUUAAAGAGAAGGACUUCGUGGAUGAGACGAAAAAGGCAGCCGUUGCGUUAACAGAUAUUCUACGUUUACGCGACACGGAAAAGAUUGAUCACUUCUCCACAUCAAAUGUGUAUUACCAAAUGGCCAACGAGUCGAUAAACUUUCCACACAAGUCUUUCGCGGAACUGUUGCGUUUUCGCAAACAGGAUAUACGACAAGCGGUGCCCAUUAAUGUGCAUCUUCAUACUAUAUUGGGCUUGAGGUAUGCAGUCAUUGAUGUGGUCUUGGUGGGACUGCGUCAUGUGGCCGACUGCGAAACAAGUUCGGAUUUUGAGAAGAUGAAAAGUGCACUGAUCGAAAUGGAGCCGGAUCUUAAGUUGCAGCUAGAGGAUCCCAGUUCACAGUUGCCGUAUGUUUUCAUAGAGCUUUUUAUGCGUUUCAGGCGUAACUAUUCCAAUGCCGAGCAAAUUUCUGGUGUAGAAUUGGCGAACCAUACAAAUCGUUGGCUAGUAUCUGUCUACAAAAUAUGCAGAUUCAAUAUCUUCACUGUGCCACCGGCCAUAUAA